GCGGAGGCUAUUAUUUCUCACAGCCUCUAUGUACCCAGGCGUUCUCUUUCCCCUACCAUUAGAGACAGCUAAGUGAUGCACACCGCUUCCUGAAAGCAGCAUUGGCCAUCAUGAAUUCGUACAUUAUUCCUCUUUAUCUGCUUGCUGUUGCUUUCUUUGCCAUCGCGGACAUUGUAUCGACCGGAAACUCGAAUAAACACAACAGUUACGAACUGUCCCGGCAUCCAAGUGUUAAUCAGAGGCCACAUUGGUCUUCUUCGUCGAAUGCUGGUACCGGUGCUGGUAGUGGGGACCCUUCUGUAACUCUCGACCCGCUACAGGACUCCGAGCUGCUCGACAUUGUCCUCGUAGCCUCUGUGGAUGGGAAAUUUCAUGCGCUUAAUCGAACCUCCGGCCAUUCACUUUGGUCUAUGCCUUCUCUUGCACCCAGUCAAGGCCCAGGGCAUGUCAAGUUUGACUUCCAGAACUUGACUUCCCCAUAUCCUUCCACAUUGGCACCUCUUGUACGGACAACUCAUAAUCAGCAGAAUAAUGAAUAUCUACUCAAUGACGAUGAGCUCCCUCUCGAAGACGAGGUUUAUAUCAUCGAACCGCAGUCUGGUGCCAUAUACAUUCUACCAUCCAACCCGUCUUCCACCCAAAACCCUCCCUUACGUCGUUUUCCUUUUACGAUGCCUGAACUGGUCGACAUGUCGCCAUUCUCAUUCUCAGAUCCAGAUGGUCAUUCCCGGCUCUUUGUCGGAAGAAAGGAGACAAGUAUGCUGGUAGUGGAGUUGGAAACCGGCAAGAUUAAAGCAAGCGUUGGUGGAGAGUGUCCGUGGGAUCCGUUCGAUGAUAUGAAGGAUGAAGAAGAUAGUCAAGACUAUGAGCUGGAUUUAGAUGAGCUGGAGCUGGAAGAAACAGACGAGAAGCCAGCUAAGGAAAAAAUUAAACCAACGGAGGUUUUUAUCGGACGCAUAGACUAUCACAUCUCCAUCCAUACUCGGCCUUCACGUACCUCGAGCGGCUCUCGUCUGCAGUCGCCUCCGGUUCAAAAUCUAUCCUUCUCUACGUAUGGGCCCAACAAUCAAGAUACAUUGCUGCAAUCCUCCUACAGCCGCCCGAAAGAUGACUCAUACGUUCAAAGCUUGCCAAGCGGAGAAUUGCUUGCUUUUCGUGCCCACAAUGCACUUGCAAGCUCAAACGAUAAGGAUUCUCUAUUAUGGUUCAGAAAAUUUCCAAACCCGAUUGUCGCUACAUUUGAUGUCUUGAAACGCCCUGCAUCCACACAACUGCACAAUGCUCCCGAUUUCCAUACCUUUGUCCUACUCCAACCUCAGCCGUCGUUAUCAGACUUUCAUCCUUCCCUUUCUCACGCUAAUGCUCACAACGCACUACUCCCAAAUUCAGAUUCUGCUUAUGUUGGAAUCGUAGAGGAGACCGGUAGUCUAUUUGCUAUGAGCUCGAAUGGCUUCCCGUUCGUGGCUUUUGGGGGUUCAGAUGGGGGAAAAGCCAGGACAAGGAAGAUGAUUGAUUAUGCGCCCGGCGGUAUGAUCGUCAGUGAUGGCGUUGCCGCCGCUCCUGCCGAUGCGGGGGAUGAGAACUAUGAAGAUGGAAGAGAGUUCCCGGCUGAUAUUGACGAGGUGACCAGACGGCGUAAGCUUCGUGAACAGCGAGAACAGGAACGGAAAGAAUCAAUUGAACGAACAACGAAUGAAAUUCCGGAUACGUGCGAUCCUGCCUCAAAUGUGUUUGAUUUACGCUGCCUUGUUAAAUUGUGGAAGCUUGAAGAUAGUGAUGGUGAUGGCGAUGGUGCGAAGGGCGUAGGCAGCGGAGGCCAAGAUGCCACAAAGUUAUUAGACGCUGCUCCGAGCCCGAGCGCUAGUAGUCGUCUUCCUUCAGAUCAGGUUACACAUUCUCCAACAAUUGCGUCGGGGAGCCGACAAUCCAUACCAACGGACGUUCAUCAGAACCCAGGUAAUGGUAAUGGGUUUGACACCACAUCCGAAGGUUCAUUUACUUGGAAAUGGGAAAUCCUCGUCGCACUGCUCGUUGGGUUCGUUGGCUUAUUGAGUGCUAUUGCUGGAAGACACCUACCAUCGCUAUCCUCAAUAAGACAUGCCGAAUCACAGUCCCAAACUUUGGCACCCUCGUCAAUUUCUCGCGAAUCUCUUUCCGCUGUCGAACACAGUGCUUCCGCUCCUUCAAUAAUGGAUUAUCCUUUACUCGACACCGCAAAGCCUCCGCCGUCUCCCUCAUUUUCAGAUAUAGAUGUACCUUCAGAAAACAUCUCCGCUUCCCCUAUCCGUUUAGAUGUUCCUGAACUUGAAGACAGUGAGGGCGAAGCCGACGAGGUCGCAGAUGCUAGUGGACGUAAAAAGAAGAUACGUCGUAAACGAGGAAAGAGGAAAAAAGGUGGAGCUGCAUUGGCUUUAUCCGCACCGCCUGGAGAGAACGGUGCAAGUGGGAUCGACAUUGGUUUGCCGAUAAUCACGCCCAUUUCUCCCACAGUUCCUAACUUAGUUGCUCCUCCUCUUCAAAGUCCCAUGUCGCCUUGGCCCCCUGCCCCAAGCUUAGUUGUCAUACCGGCGACACCUAUGCCACUUACACCAGCGCCGGUUCAUGCACCCCCGCCAUCGACAUUAGUCGUCUCUGAAACAAUUCUCGGUUUCGGAUCUCAUGGUACAGUUGUUUUUCGUGGCUCCCUACAGGGACGGUCAGUCGCUGUAAAGCGUUUACUACGCGAUUUUGUUACGCUCGCCUCUCGUGAGGUUAGCAUCCUUCAAGAAAGCGAUGAUCAUCCCAACGUCAUACGGUACUACUACCAAGAAACACACGCAAACUUCCUCUACAUCGCUCUCGAACUAUGUCCGGGUAGUUUAGCAGACGUUUAUGAGGGUUCUGGGGAUAUUAACCUGGCGUUCGCUGGACUCGAUGCCUGCGAAGGGAUUGAGAGUAAAGAAGAAUGGAGGGAAAUACGGGAAUCGAUUAUUGCCGAUCCCAAAAAGGCGUUGAAGCAAAUUACUAGCGGGCUGAGGCACCUGCAUGCUCUAAAACUUGUCCAUAGAGAUAUCAAGCCUCAGAAUAUCCUAGUCGCUGCUGGGCCAGGACGCAAUCUAUCUACCCCUUCGUCCGCCUCUCUGUCUAGAGGCCAAAACAAGAGCAUUAGGGGUCCAAGUUACCGAAUGCUCAUCUCGGACUUUGGCCUUUGCAAGAAACUAGAUUUCGAUCAAACAAGUUUUUUGCCAACAGCGCAGGGUGCAAUGGGGGCCGGGACAUUUGGUUGGAGAGCGCCGGAGAUAUUAAGAGGUGAAGUAAAGUUGGACAACUCUGAAGAUACAAAUUCAUCGAAAGGAAGUGCUGGCACAGUCAACGGCAAUCCUCCGUCGGUAAACUCAAGCUCCUCGACUACGUCAUCUAUCAAUAAGCCAACCCGCCUGACGAAGUCGGUGGACAUAUUUGCUCUGGGAUGUCUGUUUUAUUAUAUGCUUACUGGUGGCGGCCAUCCAUUUGGGGAUCGUUUUGAAAGAGAAAUCAACAUCAUCAAGGGCGUCAAGGAUAUCACGACGCUAGGGGAGCGUUAUGGGGAAGAAGGCGUUGACGCUGCUGAUCUCAUUGAAAAAAUGCUCAACCCUGAUUCUUCUUUGCGCCCCGAUACAUCCUCAUGUCUUCUUCACCCUUUCUUUUGGGAUUCUGGUCGUCGUCUGAACUUCCUCCAGGAUGCUUCAGAUCGCUUCGAAAUCAUGUGUCGCGACCCCAAGGACCCUCAUUUGAUCGAGCUUGAGAAGGACGCGUUCAAAAUUGUUGGCCAUGAUUGGCAGUCCAGAGUAGAUAAGGUCUUCAUCGAAAGCUUGGGAAAAUUCAGAAAAUACGAUGGCAAGUCGGUGCAGGAUCUCUUAAGAGCUCUACGUAAUAAGAAACAUCAUUAUCAAGACCUUCCAGGUAAUGUGAAGCGCCACCUUGGACCUCUGCCAGAAGGCUACCUGUCCUAUUUUACUCGUCGAUAUCCUCAAUUAUUUCUUCAUACUCAUCGGGCCAUCAGUGAAUCGGAGUUGCAUUCAGAACCAAUGUUCAGAACCUACUUCGAAUUAGUCGAGUGAGGUCUCAACCAUUUCACCAUUGCAUUUAUUUCUCGCCCUGCUACUACAUCUACCUAGCAUCUUACAUUAUUCCAUAAGUGUACUGUAUACGCAUUAUUGCAUGCCCCCCGUUUCCUUGUUUCAUGUCUACACCCAAAUGUACUCCAUAGGAUUGGAAAUAAAAUGUACUACAU